AAUCAUAAAGUUGAGGGUGCAAAUUGACCUUUUAACUUAUAUGGUAAGUGUAACUUAUUUCUUUAUUUCAAAAAUGAAACCUAAUUUAUUGUUUUAAACAUUAAUGUGUACUUUUGUUAACCGAAUGCAGGAGGUGGAAAGCAUUGUCCCAGAAUGGUGCAAAGAAGCUAAAAAUCGCCAUGGUGACACCCCUUAUGAAGUACUUUCAAACAGCCACAAGGAAUUAGUGAAAGAGGGGGCCGAAUGGAUGAAGAAAACAUCAGAAUCUUUUACUGUUGUCGGUGCUCUCAUCGUUACGAUCUUGUUUGCUGCAGCUUUUACUCUUCCAGGGGGCAACGAUCAGAAUACCGGGUUUCCCAUGUUUUUACGAAAAAGAUCGUUUAUGAUAUUUAUAAUAUCUGAUGCAGUUUCCUUCUUCGCUGCAUCAACUUCAGUUCUAAUGUUUUUGGGAAUCCUCACAUCGCGCUUCGCCCAAGAAGAUUUUCUUGAGUCCUUACCCAGGAAGUUGAUCAUUGGCCUCUCCACUCUUUUUAUUUCUAUUGCAGCAAUGAUGGUUAGCUUUUCUGCUGCUCUUUUGAUUACACUUCAAGAUCAAUGGUGGGCAAUCAUUCCCAUAAUUAUGAUGGCUAGCAUUCCAGUUGCACUUUUUGUAUGGUUGCAGUUUCCCCUCCUCGUUGAAAUCUUUGUUUCGACAUAUGCUCCACGAAUUUUUAACAGAAAAAUGAAGCCUUGGCUAUAGUGGAGAGCAAGUUAAUUGAUGUUUUUGGAACGUAAGUGAGCAGUUUCCCCUCCAAGUUGAAAUUCUUUAGCUUGUUCUUUGGUUAUGUUUGUUUGAACUACUAAUUUCCCUGUUUUAUUUGGUUGGAUUAUCAGAUUUCUUGCUUUUAUUUAUGAGACCGUGGUUCAUGUACCUUCUCUGUGUAAAAACAAUAUUAGUCAUUGGUUAUAUUUUUAGAUUUCUUGCUUUAUUCCUAGCAUAUAAAUGAUUGAUGUCUUG